UGUUGUUUUAAAUAGACCUUAUAUUUUGAUGAUAAGGUCUGAUGGUGUUUUAUUGUUUCACAUUAAUUUAAUGAAAAACUUGAGGUUUGGUAAUAUUGAAAAGUUUUAACCUUAAAACAUAAUGUCAGCCACGUGUCAUCCUGACAAUAAACUGGGCGCCUUGUAUCUCUAAAAAAAAAUGUUACAGUCUUAUUAAACGCAAAUGCGCAAAGUCACCUGCACGUUUCAACAUGAGAAAACCGCACAUUAAAAUGACUGACUGAUCCUCUGCUUCCUGAACUCAAACUAGAGAAGCGGUAGAGUGUGAAGUGUAGAGGAGAAGGCGUGAUCUUCCGCAUUAGUACCUGCUGCAGCCUGUAUCACUGAGUCAGUGGCAGUGUGAUGUGUGUGACUGCGAGACCUCCUUAAAACAGUGGGAGUUCGUUGACUCUUGUACAUGUUGAAAUUUGGUGGUAGAAAAAAGGAGAGAAAAAGAGGAAAUGAGUCUUUGUGUGGCCGCCUCUCCUUUAGCGAGUUUUAUAGUAUAGCACCGCUGGAAGACAACACAACAAGGUGAGAUGAGGGACCGACUGUCUGAGCUGCAGACCAUCACCCCCAGGCCUGCAGAGGAGGAGCACAGGUCUGUGGAGAACCACAACCACACCACAGAGGAUGGGGAGCUUCUGGAGCAACACACCAUCGUCUUUGAGGGAGAAGACAUGAUGGAUGGCAUCUACAAAGAGGCCCAGGCGAUGAGGAAGGAGAUGCUGCUGCUCAAAAUGGACGUGAAGCGCCUCGGGAAGCAGAACACCAGGUUCCUCACCUCUGUCAGGAGGAUAAGCAGCAUCAAACGGGACUCCAACGCUCUGGGACGGGACAUCAAGGCCAGAGGGGAGGCCAUUUAUGCCCGAUUGGAGAAGCUGGCGAAGCUGAGCAAGCAACUGGAAGAGGAGCACGGGCCUACUUCAGCUGUAGCUCGCAUGGUGCGUUCGCAGUACGUGUCUCUGACCAACGCCUUCCACGACGCCAUGUCUGAGUACAACGAGGCCGAGAUGAUCCAGAGGGAGAACUGCAAGACUCGCAUCCAGAGGCAGGCAGAGAUCAUGGGCAAGGAGGUUACCAGGGAGCAGAUAGACGAGAUGAUCGAGACGGGCAAGUGGAACGUCUUCUCCGACAAUCUUCUCCUGGAGGGAAAGACUGCCAGAUCCGCCCUCAACGAGAUCGAGAACCGGCACAAGGAGCUCCUGGAGCUGGAGGGUCGCAUCCGAGACAUUCACGAGCUUUUCUUCCAGAUGGCCAUGCUGGUGGAGGAGCAGGGCUGCAUGCUGGAUAACAUAGAAGCAAAUGUCGGUGCAACUCAGGACUAUGUUGCCAAGGCUGCAACUGAGAUCAAGAAGGCUGUGAAAUACAAGAAAAACAAUCCAUGCAAGAAACUCUUUUGCUGUUGCUUCCCUUGCUGCAAGUGAGAGCAUUGGCAUUCAUCUUUUCUCAGUGUCAUCAAAAUAUUGAGAUUAGAUUCAAAUUGGCUUCCGAUGCUAAUAUGCCCGGAGAACUUUGGUUUGUGUAUUUAUUUAGCUCUAAUGAAGCAUUGACUCAAUUUUUAAGCAGCAAGCAUCCAAAUUUCUCACACUACUAUUUUCUUAACUGAGCUGGUUAGAGAAAAAGGUAGUAGUUCAUACCACAUGCUCAUAUGCAAAUGUGUACAGUGAGUUAUGGGUGUUAUAUUUCCUGAUUGCUACUGAGCACAGCCUUUGCAUGAUUACUGUAGAGAUGUCCAAGCUAUUAUUUAAUGCAUAACUCUCAGCCUUCUCCUUAAAUUUCAGGUUUGUAAGUUGUUAUAUGAGCUAUUUAAGUGAUGUAAAGUGUGAUUUACUUAUAAAUAAAUGCCUUAGGGUGGCUAGUUUUGACGGCCUGAA